UAUUUGUAGAAUCGCGGGAAUAUUUAUUUUGAAAAUUUUGACCAAAAUGAAAUCCGUAGCAAUGAAAAAUAAGAAAUUGUGUUAUAUUUGUUGCAGACAUUGUAGUCAAAUGUUACCAAAAAGUGAAAUUAAAGUUAUUAAGCAAAAAACAAUAGAAACAAAGGAUAACCUCCAAGAAUCUUUAAUAGAAAAUAAACCACAAAAUACUUCUAAAGAUUUUCGAAUAAAUGAUGUAAAUAUUCAAAUGAUAUCAAAGAAUAUUUAUGAACAGUUAUUCCAAACGCCAACUACUAAAAUAGAUUCAAAUGUAAUUAAAAGUUGUCAAGAUCACCUGCAAAGACACGGUAUAAAUAUCAAAGACAUUACUUAUAUGGAAGAUGUUGAAAUCAACUUACCAAAAUUGGAAGGAAAGGACAUAGUAGAACAUUUCUAUAAUAUUGGAGAGAGACAAUGCGCUCCAUACAGAGACUUGUUAAAGUUAAUAUCAGCUUGCAGUCUCCCACCAUUGCCAAAGAAAUGGCUAAAACAGCAGGGCUGGACAAAGUACACUUCAAGUGGUGCUCAAUCAGUCCCCUAUCCACCAGAUACUGCUUUGAUUCUUGAUGUUGAGGUACUUAUGAAGGCUGGUAAGAGGCCUACUUUAGCCUGUGCAGUCUCUCCAGAUGCUUGGUAUGGCUGGGUAAGCAAACCCUUAGCAAACAAUGAUGAACAUAAACAGUUUGAUACUGUAGAAUAUGAUGACCUCAUACCACUAGAAACUGAUGGACUAGAAUCUGAUAGUGAUCUAGAUAGACCGAGAAUAGUUAUAGGACACAAUGUUUCCUAUGAUAGAUCGAAAAUAAAAGAACAAUACUGGUUGAACAGAACAGGUGUACGUUUCAUGGACACGAUGUCGAUGCACACUUGCGUGAGCGGCGUCACGAGCUACCAGCGAACCGUGCUCAAGGCGAAGAACAAGGAACCGGAUCCGUCUGACGACGAUUGGAUGGAAAUCAGCUCAUUGAACAGUUUGACUGAUGUACACAAACUGUACUGCGGUGUGCCGAUAGAUAAACAAACUCGAGAUGUUUUCGUCGAGGGCACUUUAGAGGCUGUUCAUCAGAACUUCCAGGAUUUAAUGAAGUACUGCGCCGGAGACGUGGCGGCGACUCACAACGUGCUGCAGAAGCUUCUGCCCAUGUUCCUUGAGAGGUUUCCGCACCCUGUGACGCUGGCUGGCAUGUUGGAAUUAGGUUCAGCGUAUCUUCCCGUAAAUUCAAAUUGGCUGCAAUACAUCGACUCGGCGGAAACAGUAUUCGAAGAUUUAAAAUUGGAAUCCCGACAGAUUUUAUCCUCUAAAGCGGACGAAGUUUGUCGUUUGAUGAAAAAUGAGGAAUAUAAAAACGACCUGUGGAUGUGGGACGAGGACUGGUCCACGCAGACUUUAAAAUUAAAAAAAACUCCUAGCAAAAGCGUCAAAAAUACCGACACUCAUAGUGCGGACCUCCUUAGUCAAAAAACUAUUGAGAGGUCUGUAAAUAUCAACCGAACAUUCGAGACUUUAAGCAACGAAUACAUUGAAAGUUUAGAACGUAAAACACAUAUCGAUUCAAACGUAAAAAACGUAAACGAUUUGAUUUCGAAAUUUCGGUAUUUGUAUGAAUUAGAAAAGUCGCUGCCAGUGAAAAAGCCAUAUCUGGCUGGAUAUCCGGCUUGGUAUAGAAAAUUAUGCACGAAGCCAGGCAAAGAUUUAGAAUGGACUCCGGGCGCUACCAAUAUCACAACGAGCAUGCAGAUAACACCAAAGCUUUUACGCCUUUCGUGGGAAGGCUAUCCUAUCCACUACAUUAAGUCAGAGGGCUGGGGUUUUCUAGUGCCAUUCCGUAAUACUCGUGAGGAAACCAAGGAAGAACCAGUCGUGCCGUUGGAGAAAUUACUAGAAACUUGUCCCAUGUUGCACUGUAAGGAGAGCCAAGUCGAGGCUGAUGUACAAAUGCUGCCUAAAACUGUAGAGGAGGACUUAGGCAGAAAGGCUUAUUAUGCUAGGAAGAAGAAAGAAGAACAAGCGACUGCUAAUCAGUACCAUGGUUUGGGGGUUUGGUGUGGGAUUCAGAUACAGGGUUGCUGUCAUUUUCUUCGGUUACCGCACAAAGAUGGACCUAAAUAUAAAGUUGGUAAUCCACUGGCAAAAGAUUUUCUGAACAUGUUCAGUCAGAAUGUGUUGUCUGCGCAGGGGAACGAAGCUGAAAAGGUGCUGUCGUUCGGGCGCAUGAUGUCGUACUGGCGCAACAACAGAGAGCGCGUGAGGGGGCAGCAAGUGGUGUGGCUGCCGCCGCCGCUGCUGCCCGCCGCGCUGCGGGCCGCCCCGCGGGCCGCCCCGCGCCGCUACGGCGCCAUCGUGCCGCACGUGGUCGUCUGCGGGACUUUGACGAGACGGGCCUCCGAGCCGACUUGGAUGACGGCGAGUAACGCUAACAGCGAGCGUAUCGGGUCCGAGCUGCGGGCGCUCGUGCAGGCGCCGCCCGGGUACAAGUUCGUGGGCGCCGAUGUCGACUCGCAGGAGCUGUGGAUCGCGGCGCUGCUGGGCGACAGCGCGGCGCGCGUGUGCGGCGGCAGCGCGUUCGGCUGGGCCGUGCUGGCGGGCGACAAGCGGCGCGCCAGCGACCUGCACGCGCUCACGGCGCGCGCCGCGCUCGUGCGCCGCGACCACGCCAAGGUCAUCAACUACGCGCGCAUCUACGGCGCCGGGCAGAACUUCGCCGAACGCCUUCUGAAGCAGUUCAACCCGACGAUGACGAUAUCCGAGGCGAAGAGUAAGGCGGCCAAGAUGUUUUCCACGACGAAGGGGAGGCGAGUUUAUCGAUUGAAGCAAAAGUUUUCAGAAGGUUUCAUCGACGAGGAGUUGGGAGAUCGGCCAUUAGAAAUGUCAGCAUACCAAGCGAUGCGUCUCGCUAAGCUCAGCGGAAAGAAACUUGAUGAAAUGUUUGAGCGCCCUAUUUGGGUCGGUGGUACUGAAUCGCAGAUGUUCAACAAAUUGGAGGAAAUUGCAGAUUCUGAAGCUCCAGCGACAGCGUUCCUAGAAGGCAGGUUGUCUAGAUCUCUGGAACAGGCUGGUGGUCGCUGGGGGGGCACUCGUCUGAACUGGGCCGUGCAGAGUGCUGCUGCUGACUUCCUGCACCUCAUGCUGGUCAGCAUGGCACAUCUCGCUCCUAAGGCCAGAUUCUGUUUAAGUUUUCACGACGAAGUGAGAUACUUAGUACCGGACGAACACAGAUAUAAAACAGCUUUAGCUCUACAAAUAACUAACCUCUUCACGCGAGCAUUUUGUUCUCAAAGGGUGGGUAUACAUGAUUUACCCAUGUCAGUAGCUUUCUUCACAUCAGUAGAAGUUGAUCAAGUAUUAAGAAAAGAAGCAAAUCUAUGUUGUACCACACCUUCAAACCCUCAUGGCUUGGAAAAGGGUUAUGGCAUACCAGAUGGGGAAUCGUUAACUAUUUUUGAUGUUCUUGAAAAAUGUAAAUAA